AUGAACCGCAUCUUUGGCUCUUCAAGUAGCAAGAAACCUACUCCUUCUCUUCAAGAUGCCAUCGCUUCGACAGACUCUCGGAUGGCCUCUAUCGAGGUCAAGAUCAAGAAGCUUGAUGGAGAGCUUGCAAGAUAUAAGGAGCAGAUGAGUAAGCUGCGUAAUGGGGCUGGCAAGAACGCUAUCCAAGAACGCGCCAUGCGUACAUUGAAGCAGAAAAGAAUGUACGAAUCACAACUGGCGCAGUUAACACAGCAAACAUUCAACAUGGAGUCUGCUGCGCUCGCCACGGAGAAUCUCCGCAAUACGAUGGCCACUGUUGACGCUAUGAAGCAAGCAAACAAGGAGUUGAAGAAACAGUACGGGAAGUUUGAUAUUGACAAGAUUGAAAGCAUGCAAUACGACAUGGAAGACUUGCUAGAGCAGGCCAAUGAGGUUCAGGAAUCACUGAGUCGUUCGUAUGCUGUACCCGACGAGAUCGACGAGGCGGAUUUGCAAGCAGGCACAGACACAGAACUAGACGCUUUGGAACUCGAGGCUGACGAUGAAGGUGCUUCGUACUUAGCCGAUGUCAACAAGGCACCAGAUUUCAUCGACGAACCGCCUGUGGAAUUGAAUGAAGCCGAACCCAAGCAAGCCGUGAAGACAACAGCGUGA